UAUGGCGAUCAAUGUGUAAACGUAAUUAAAUGAUCAAAAUUACUUGUGUUACGUAUGUUUUCAACAAUUUUAUCCAUCAGAUUUGCAAUGGGUUCUAGCUAACCCGUAGCUGACGUAUUUUAUAUUUUUAAGGUAUAAAAAUUGUACAGAAUUAUUAUUUAAGUGAAAGUAUCUGUGUUUAUUUUUAUUGUAUAUAUUUUAAUAUCGUUCAUGACUAAGAAAUAAUGUCCUUCGAGUACUUGCCCGUGGCUGAAGAUGAAAAUGAAGAACCCAUAGAACUUCCAAUCGAAGAAGAUGGUACGUUGAUGUUAACCACAGUAUCCGCGCAAUUUCCCAGCUGUUGUGGGCUCAAGUAUCGACAUCCCGAAACGAAAACGUUUAGAGGCAUUAGAUUAAGAGAUGGCAGGCUUUUCCCACCUCCAGAAGGUUGGGGUAAUCAUCUCUACAUUUGCAGUUUUCCAAAAGAAAACAAACGAAGAGUUGGUGAACAUUCAGAAACUUCGUCGUUGAAAAGUAAACGUAAUGAUAAUCUGUGCUCUGAUUUAAUCGUUUUGGGAUUGCCUUGGAAAGCAACUGAACAGACUGUACGUGAGUACUUUGAGAAGUUUGGCGAGGUAUUGAUGGCCCAGCUUAAGCGCGACCCCAAAACUGGCAUGUCUAAAGGUUUUGCUUUCAUCCGAUUUUCAUCAUAUACAACUCAAAUGAGAGUGUUAGCGCAAAGACAUAUGAUAGAUGGCCGUUGGUGCGAUGUGCGGAUACCCAACUCCAAAGAAGGGUCUCUUAACUCUAUGCCUUGUAAAGUUUUUGUUGGACGCUGUACAGAAGACCUGUCAGCCAAUGAUUUAAGAGAAUAUUUCUCACAAUUUGGAGAGGUCACUGAUGUUUUUAUUCCAAAGCCUUUUAGGGCUUUCAGCUUCAUAACAUUUUUGGAUCCUGAAGUUGCACAAAAUUUAUGUGGCCAAGAUCAUAUCAUAAAAGGAGUGUCAGUUAAUGUGUCAAAUGCAUCUCCAAAGCAAAACAAAAGUGGCUCUAACCAACGGAAUUUACCAAGCAGAAACUAUGAAGAGGGACACCCUCACAAUGCUACAAAUAAUAACUCGUGGAGUAGCCGUAAUAUGGAUAUGGUAAAUAUGCAAGCGUUGAGCUUAUCUGGACAACACGGCCAAUCAGCUGUGGCAGGUGGAGGUGGUCAGGGGCAAGGUGGCAGUAUGCCUCUCGGCAUGGGAGGCUUGCCAGUGAACCAGGCACUAGUGGCAGCAGCUUUAAACCAAGCUGGUUGGGGUUUGAUUAACAACAUACCUUCAGGAGGCUCUGAACAAGGAGCUUUUGCAGGCCCAGCGUCGUCUGCUCCCCCUGCUCCCCCAAACUUUCUUUCAUGGAUGCAACAAGGUAAUUCUGCACAGGGACCUUCUAGUCAGUGGGGCCAGAGACACCAAUCCCAAGGGCAUUCUGUUUGAUCCAGUGUCUGAUUUGAUAAGCUCACAAUAAUCUCUGUGAUUGUAGCAACAAUUAGAUAAUUAUUUGUCUUAACCUAUAAUACAAAUGGGUUGUUCUGUUGGUGAAGAGUGGUUUGCUACUGAUGUUAUUAAUUUAUUAUGAAUUGCUUGUGUUUUGUUGUUUUUUUUUAAUAUUAUUUCAAUAUUAUGCUGUUAAAUGUUUGGAUACAUUUGAAGCAGUAGCAAGGUGUAUAUGUAAUAUAUUAUUGUUGGUGUGCUUUUCUUUAAUAAAAUUGACUGUAAAUAAUAUUUAACCCACUAACUAUUUAAAAAACUAAAAUUGCAAUAUUUUUUGCUUUACAGUACUUUAACACUGAAUUUGAGCUGUUGUUUGGCUAUAUUUAUAUUUAAUCAAAAAUCACUUGAACGUUUUCUGACUUCAACAAAAUCUAGUAAUAAUAUCAGCAUCAAGUUUUGACUAUUCAUUAUACUCACCAUCUGUUGUUUUAAGCCGCCUACGGCUGAUAUUUUAAUUGAUUAUUGUCAGUAGCUGCUGUAAUAAAUAAUCAAGCAUGCAUCCAUUUACUACAAAAGUUAAAUAUUAUUAUCUUUUUGGAAAUUUUUAUUGAAUUGGUAUAAAUUAUAUACAAAUAUCAUAGCAAUCCAUUUAUAUUUCAAGUGUUAAGUUUAUUUUUGAGUAUGUGUUUAUAACUUCUGAUGUUUUUAUUUUUUGUCAUAUUAAUUUUUAGAUACAUGUAUGUGAUUGUGAAUAAUAGAUAAUUUUAUACCUUAUAAAGUCAAGCUAUAAGCCUAAUUAUAAACUCUAUGGUGUUUCGAAGGGUAAGUAAGGUAAAGGGCCUCUUCUUAGGUUCCCAUCAUAUUAUGUGCCAUACUACAUGAUACUACAUGGUAGUCCACACAUGAUGAAGAUCUUAAAUUAAAUCUUAAAGUAUGGCUUGAAAAGGCCCAGACAGGAAGACAUACUUAAUUAUUUCUGAUGUAGAAACAAGUGAGUUUGUAAUAUAAAAGUUUUAUGUAUGCUUUAUGUGACAUAAUGACCAAAUCAUUACUGUGAAAAUAUCUUUAUUUAGGUCCAAAAUUACCAAUAUGAAUUACUAAGAUGAAAGAUCAUUUUAGUAAGUCUUAAAUCUCAAAACUUACAUCUUUACUUACAGGUGAAAGAAAAUCUAUUACUUACAUACAUAACUACAUGUAUCUCUAAAUCUUACACCCCAAAUAAAUUUUAACUUUAAUAGAUUAAGUGUACUGUGCUUAUUAUGUACCUAUGUGUUUGUACAACAGAUUGUUGAAAAAUCAUACUUGUAUAGAGAAAGAUAGAGGUCUAUUGAUUGUUAUCAUUGUUUAUCAAAUAAUGUUGAUUAUUAUAAAUUUAUUAUGUGUGUUUCCCCAGGAUAUGUGCAAAUUUAUGGUAAAUGUCUAUUUUGACAAAAUAAAUGGCUAGAUAUUUUUGUGACUAAGCAAUGUGGAAUUGUUCUUUGGAUGGGUAAUCUAGUAGUAGAUAUAGUAAAUCCACUGGCAUAAUUAUAUAAUAAUAUGCAUGUACAUUAUGUAGAACAGAAAUGAUGUUGGUACAAAUUUUUAAGACUGUAAAUAACUUUCAGCAUGUAUUUAAUAAAAUAGAAUAUAAAAUGUCAAUAAAUAUUUUAACUAUUUGCUGCAAAGUUAUUGUAAAACUAAUUUGAUUUGUUUGUUGUGAUUCUUUGAAAGAAAAAAAUAAAAUUUAAUUCUGAGUUGUAUAUUAAUGGAGUGCCUCACCAAUUAGUGUGUAUAGUAAGUUAAUAACAAAAAUAUUGAAUUAUCGCAUAUUUAUAUUUAAUAUGCAGAUUUUAUUUAAUAUAAUAUGACAUUUAAAAUGUAAUAUUUUGACUAGGAUUGUGUAUAGAAAAUAUUUCUUAUGUCAAUUUAAAUGACUAGAAUUUGUCCAAUCAGUCAGUGGAUUUGUUAUUUACUUAUUUGUAUGCCUAAAUAGAAACUGAAUGUCUAUAUUGUAGAUAAUUAUGAUUUUAAUAAUCAUUUAAACAAAAUAUUUAUGCUUAUAACAUUUCAUUUACUCAUAAUAUAUGAAUAUUAAGAUACAUUUUAGACUAAAAACCAGCAAUAUACCUAGGUAUCUGAAUUUUACUAAAUCAGCUAUGUUUGAAAAAUUACAGUAUAAUUAUAAUUUAUUUUGACUAAAUACCUUCACAUUACAUUUUAUCCCAUUUCAAUGCAAAAAAAAGUAGUUAUCCACCAAUUUGUUUAUGGUUUUGCAGUUAGACUCUGUCUAAACAUCUAUAUUCGUAUUUUUUUAUUAGGGCAUGGUAUGUAGAACCCUCAUAGGGCGAGGAGGGCAACAUCGAAUGACGUGUGCGAGAGUUAAUAUUUGAAUGGAGAAGCCGAUUCAUCAAUCAAACAAUUAUUAUUAAACAUUGCUGGCAACUAAUCCUAAGAGAACAUGGGUCUUUUGCCUUUAUUUCAAUCCCUAAUAUACUCGUGUAUUGGUAUGCCAGAUGCUUCUUUAGCAAUACUAUGAUAAUAAUUGACUGACUUGACUAUGGUCGAAAAUAAAUUAUUGUAUUUAUAACUGGUAACACAGAGGCGACCGCUCGCCAGCAUUUAAUUAUGAUAGUGAAGGCGCUAUUCUUUUUUCGGACGUGUUAUCAAUUUUAAAGUGGAUUGAACGUUGCUGGCUUUUAUUAACAAACGCCUAUUAGUAAUAAAUAGGUUCCACAUAACUUUGUAUUGAAAAAUUAUGUAAUGGGUCAAUUCGAGUGAAUGUGCACACACCGGUGCCACUACAGUGUUGGCUAGUUUAACCUGACCAGAAAAAUAAAAAACAUGGAUUGAGGGCGCCACAAGUACUUUUUCACAUUAUGUACAUUAGUUCCUUUUUAUUCCGCAAUAAGGCGAUGUAUUUUAUUUUUCCUAGUCGGGCUAACAUUCAAAAGGGAAUGCCCAUGCCCGGCCCUGGCCUACCCUAACCACCCGGCAAUUUACUUGUAUCUAGAAAAAUCUUAAUAAUGGGGAUGAUGACUAGGUUUGAAUAUAUUGAUUUUUAUGAUACACACAUUCGGGUAAAUAAGGUCAAUGUUAACUAAUCUAUACAUAAAAAGCAAAGACUGUCGGGAUAUUUGCAAAAUAAAUAAGAUUGUAAAAUAUCAAAAUCUAUUAAAAAUCUUUUAUCGUAAUUAGAUGAAAAUAUACAAAAUAAACAAAAUUACUAAUAUCUUUGUUAUUUGUGCGUUUAUGUAAGGAAGCUAAAAAAAUAAGUUUUGGCUUUCUUACAUUAAAUGUGACAAUUUUUAAUAUAUGAACUAUAAACAUAAACGCACAAAUAACAAAGAUAUUUAUUAGUUAUUUUGUUUGAACGCCCAAUUAAAUCUAACGAUCAUUAUGUACCUACGACGUCAUUAAUUCGUACCAUUUUGUGGAGCGUUUUUUCAGGGAUCCGUGGCAGUGCCACAAAUCUGACCUUAUGAAUCCCUGUAGCUCCGAAAGUAAUGAUCGCAGAUACCCUGUACUUUUACAAAAUUUGCUUUACUAUUAGAAUACUCUUAAUUUGUAUACAAUUAAAAAAAACUGUCAUCAUCCCUAUUCUACUUUAACGAAGAAAUCAUUAAUUAAUCAACAAAGUUUGCCACAACGUUUAACGACAUCUUUAAUUUGUCAACAACAAACAAGCAGAGAUCGUUUACCAUACAGCCUGAGUAGUACGACAUUUUUUGAAGACUUUUUUUGGUUUGUUUGUUCGUUCUCUUGUUUGUUAAGCUUGUUGGCAACAGAAUAAAAGAAUGAACAGCUUCAAGUGUAUUACCUUUUUGGUACACUAGCGAACAUGUUGAGCAAGAAGAGUGAUAAAAAAAAAUCCUUUUAGUAACUUACUUUUACUAAGCCAAUUAUUUAAUUAGAUCCUUAUUUAUCAUCACCUUAUAAUACUUAUAAACGAUUAAUAUAAUACAACGUCGGCACCCAGGUAUACCCCAUAACUGGGUUCCGACGUUAUAUUGGCCGGUGGGCAUUCCUCUUUUAAAAUUUGUGACCACAGGCUCUUAUCUUCAAGCCGAACUCGCACCAACACUUAAAUUAAUUCCUGCAAUAAAUUAGUAUUUUUAUGCUCUUUGUAAAUUAUGAAACGAACGAAGUGCACUCGGUACAUUUUCUUGUGAAUCAUCCAUCUUAAUGUGUGUGCUUAAUAAUCAUGGUUUAACAUUAUAUAAUUAUUAUUACAAUACCAAGGCCUUCAAUAGGAUCAAAUAAACAAGGUGCUAAUGCUAAUUAAUGAAAAAUAAAUGGUUUGGUUCCAAUAUAAAAUAUACUUCCAAUAUGUAUAGUGAGUACGAAAGGAUAUUUGACAUAUCCAUUGGAUUAAACUUAUACGGACUUAUUCUAUUCAUAUUUGCUUAGACUCCGCGCUACUAAACCUUAACUAAAAAAUAUAUACCUACCAAUGAACUUGAGAACCUUAUCCUUUUUGAAGUCGGUUAAAAAUUGACAGCGCACAAAUGACAUUAUGACCGCCAUUACCAAAUGACAAUGAGCGGGUGAGCGCCAGCAGGACACUAUCGCCGCGUCUACGGGACUUGUUUCGUGGCGCGGAGUCUAGUUUAAUAUUCAUAGAACGUUCAAGGUGUAGAAACAUAAAACGAAACGAAAACCAUACGUACGUAUGUCACAGUCACAUCACGAGACAUCAAAUUUAAUUGUACCUACUUCGUAUAUAAUGACUCGAUCAUUGUACAACUUGCUAUAGGUAGUUUUAUUACUGGUCAGUGGUCACCUCAACACAAUCACACUGUGUUUGAUAAUGCCGAUCCCAGAUGAGAGGCGUUUAACGUGCCGAGUGCAAGUCCACUCACGCGUUGACACUCCUGGGUUCCUGUUUGGAAAAUCUACGAAAUAAUAUGGAGGAUAGUAGGUACAAUUUAAUUUAACUCACCAGCAUAAUUAUUAAAGUAAAUAAUAUAAUGCUGCUGGUAGGGAGUAUUAUAAUUUUAAUCAAUGUUUUUCAGAUUAUCUGUGCAUUUGCACUGUAAAAGUUGGUUAUAUUUAUAAGUACUUAUGUCAAAUAUCCUACAUUAAUCUACAAAAGUAGAUGUAACUUGUAAGAUGUAUGAUUUAUGUGUGUUAAAUUAUAAAUUCAGAAAGAGAAAUAAUAAGUAAAGCCUUUCCAUAAGUCAGGAGCAAUACGGGAUAACUAUUUAUUACAAUAAGCAGAGUUUAAAAAAUGUUAAUCGAGUUACCUAAUAAAAAAAUGGAAUCAAUGCAGAAUUACUGUGUAGUUAUAGGCUAAUUUUAUUUCUGACACUUUGAUUGUUACAACUUGAAAUUCUGACCUUUUGUUUUUUCUCUGUAUACCUUCAUAAACGUUGAAAUAACUUACCUAUUACCUAAGUAUUCAUUAUUUAGAAAUUGUUUUUUAUACAUAGUAAGUUUAUCUUUAUUAGUUUCGUAAGUCUUCCUCGUAACUGCUGUGACUUCGAACAGUACAUUAUAAUAUUACUUAUAUAUUCACACUUCAUUUAUGUGUUGUACGAGUUAAUGCUAAUGUAAGUAUUGCUAAUUUCCCUUAGCUUUUACUUAUAUUCUGGAUUCGUUUUCACACCAGUUUCAUUGAUUCUAUUGGAUUUGUUUUGUCUGCGUUGAUUUAAUAAAGUACUUAAAAUCAGAAA